AUGGCGCAGGAGGUCGAUAGCAGCGACGAGCCCCGCCUCAAGUACUCCGCCUUGUCCCCAGACACCUCGAUCCCUGGAACUGCACUGCUCCUGGCUGUCUCGGAUAAGGUCUUGGCGCUCGGGACCAGUACUGGAGCUGUCCUUGUCCUGGACUACAAUGGCAACCAGGUCCAGGCCUUCAAGGAGCAUCAUGCCGCUGUGACAGACCUGUCAUUUGAUGCCGAGGCAGAGUACCUGGCCUCCUGCUCGGCUGACGGCUGGGUCGUGAUAUAUGGACUGUACACGGGGGACAUCCGGCGGCAUAACUGCCAUCAGCCACUUACGACCGUUGCCCUGGAUCCCCGCUACUCCGAGCGCAAGACUCGCGAGUUUGUCCAUGGCAGCCAGUCCGGCACCCUCACCCUCAUCUCAAAGGGCUGGCUGGGGAGCAGCGAGACCCCCCUGUUCAGGGGGCGGGGUGCCGUCCAGGUGGCUCGCAUGGCCGGCACCCUCCUCGCCUGGGUCACGGCCACAGGCCUCCGGGUCUACGACACCGCCACACACACGCGGCUGGCCAAGAUCCCGGCCCCGAAGACGCCCGCGGGCGAGGCCGCGGCCCCAGCCUCCCUCCUCUGGUUGGGCAUCCGGGAGCUCUAUGUGGGCUGGGGCCGCACGGUCCUGGUGCUGCGAGUGGUGAGGGAUUCCCUGGUCCCCUCUGCCAGCUCCAGCGCGGCGUCUGCCUACAGCGUGCCCGCGCUGCGCAUGGAGACCGUGGUUUCCAUCCAAGUGCCCUUCUCCGUCGCGGGCCUGGCGCCCUUUGGCGUGGAGCUGGCCGUCCUGGGGACGGCGGUCGAGAGCCUGCUGGGCAAAGGCGAAGCAGGCGGGGCGAAGGGCAGCAAGCCGGCUGACGGCCCUGUCCCCCCCGCCCCCCGCUUCCUGCAUGUCCUGGACCGGAGCGGCCGCAUCCUCUCCAGCGACGAGCUGGACGUGGGCCCCGGCGCCACGCUGGCAGUGUUCUACACGGAAAGCGCGCACAGGGCCAGUGAGGCCGUGGAGAAGGGCACCGGCUUGGCGCCGACGCUCGUCCUGGAGGCGCUGCCGAAGGGCGGCGACAGCAGAGUCGCAGGCGCGGGGGCGGCCGACGCGGGGACUGCAUCCAGCGAACCUUCCAGCGACGCGAGUGCCCUUCCUGGAGCGCCUGACGAAAACGCAUCGCAUGACAGUCCGUCGGACAGGGGCAGCUCCCAUCCUGCCGCGUCAGCCAAUGCCAGCCCUGCUGCCACCACGGUGGACACGGCCAGCCCCGUCCAUGCGCUACCCACCCCACAUCCAGUCCCGCCCGCCACCCCCCCACCGGCUCUGUCGCAGCCGUACAAGUGGUGGCGGGACGGGGACGAGCCGCUGUACUUUCUAACUUCCGGCUCGGGCACCGUGGUGGGGCGCCCACGCGACGGCAACGACCGCGUGGCCUGGAUGAUGGAGCGGGGGCGCAUCGCGGAGGCCCUGGCCGUGGCGGAGUCGGAUGCGACAGUCACACGCCCCGUGCGCGAGGCGGUGGGCGAGCAGUACCUGCAGUACCUCGUAGACCGCGAUGAAUGGGCGGCCACCGCCGCCGCUGCGCCCCGCCUCCUGCAGGGUCGGGCCCUGGCGUGGGAGCGGUGGGUGCACGUCUUCGCGGGUGCGCGGGAGCUGCGGCGCCUGGCGCCCCACCUCCCCGUCUCGGAGCCGCAGCUGCGCACCCGUACCUACGACAUGGUACUGCAGGCCCUGCUGGUGUCGCCCAACGACCACGGCUUGCUACUGGACCUGGUGCGGCGCUGGCCGGCCUCCACCUACUCGGUGCGCGAUGUGCAGCGCGCCGUGCUUUCCCGCCUGGCCGCCGCGGGCACAGGCCCCUGCGCGCUCGACGACGUCCUGACCCCGGGGGCCGCCCCAGACCCGCGCCGCGCCGACCUGAUGCGCGCUGCGGUGGAGCUGCACGUGCGACGCGGCCAGCACGCGCCCGCGCUGGCCCUGCUGCUCAAGCUCCGCGACCCCGGCGCCUUUGACUACGCAGAGCGGCAUGCGCUCCUGGCCGCCGCGGGCGAGGCGGUGCCGGACCUGUUCCGUCUGGACGCGGCGCGCGCGGCGGCGCUGUGCGUCGCGCGCCCCGGCGAGCUGCCCCCCGCCUCGGUGCUGCGCCAGCUGGCGGCGGCGGCGGAGGCGCGCCCCGCGGAGCGAGACGCCUGGCGCCGGCGCGCGCACGAGUACCUGGCCGCGCUCUCCACCCGCGAGCCGGCGCUGGCGGCGGAGCACGCCGCGCUGGCGGUGGAGCUGACCGCCGAGUAUGAUCCGGCCGCCCUGGAAGGCUUGCUCCUGGCCUCCUCCGACUACCCGCUGGAGGAGGCGCUGCGCGUUUGCGAGGCACGCGGAAUGGUGCCCGAGCAGGUGCUGGUGCUGGGGCGCAUGGGCGCCACGGACCGCGCGCUACGCCUCAUCGUGGAGAACCUGCGGGACGUGGGAAGGGCUGUAGAGUUUGUGCAGAACCAGCGGGAUGACGAGCUGUGGGACCUGCUCAUCACGCUGGCGCUGGCAGACCCGGAGCUCACAGGGGCGCUGCUGGACCACGCCGGCGGCGGAGUGGAUCCGCUGGCGGUGGUGUCGCGCCUGCCCCGCCACGCCCACAUCCCGCGGCUGAGCCAGCGCCUGGGGGCCACCUCCGCUGACGAGGGGCCCGUCGCCACGUGGAUCGGCGCCCCGCCGAGGGCGGCCGACGACGGCGAGGACGAGCAUGAGAUCGAAGAGGCCGGUGUGAACGCGAGCAAGGCCCCCCCCGCCAGCAGGCUGUCACCGCUGCGCAGGAAGCCAUCGCGCCGGCUGUCUGGGGGUUUGAAGGCUGCCUAG